AUGUCUUCCAACUACCCCGGUGAUGCCAGCCCUUCGAGUAAUUCAGGUAUACUCUCUCAACUAGAGGAUAUACAGCAAAGAAUAAACGAUGAAACAGAAAUGGCCCUUACAUCAGGGCGAAAAACCAGAAAGAGGCAGUCUUUCACAGAUCUUUUGAGUAAAAGAGAUAAGAGAAAAUCAAUGCCGCCAUCAAUGGGCUCCAGUUCUCAUAGCGGGAUUGUGGGAUCCAAUUCUGCAAAAGAAAUGAAUUUUGUCAUUGGAUUGAGCGAGAACUUGCUUGUGGAGUGCCGGAAACUCCAGGCAGAAAAUGAAAAGAAAAAGCUCGAGCUGCGGGCUGUAAUCGAAGAAUCCCACAGAUUAGAAGAAAGAUAUACACAAUUGAAUACCAUACACCAGCAUUUGAAUUCGGAAAAUGAGAAAGUGAGACAGAUAAAUGAAAAGAUUGAUAACGAACUUCAAGCUUCGAAACAAUCUUAUCAAAAGCUGGAAGAAAGUUUUCGAGGCACACAAGCAGCAUUUGAGAUUGCAAGCCUUAAGGCGAAGGAUCUAGAGGCACAAAUUCACGAAUUGUCUUCCUCUAAAGCUCGUUUACAGGAAAAAAUCGCCGAGGAAAAGGGUAAUCAUGAUUCGCAACUUCAGCUAACAAGAGCAGAGCUGAAUAUUUUGAAGGUCGAGAAGGAAGAUUAUGAUGAUUUCAUGCAGCAAUCGGCUGCUGAAAUUACAAAUCCUGACAGCAAUCGGAAAGACCACCUCCAGAACCGAGAUCCCCAAAAUCAAUCUACUGAACGAGAAACUAUUACGCAAGAACCCCAAGAACCAUCAUUCAAAUACAGAGCUCUGGCCACAGCAGGAGCGCCAACAGCCAAUGAAGUCGUUCAUUGUCUAGUGGAACAGCUCAAAGAAUAUCAGGGAAUUAUCGAAACAAGCGAUCAUGAGUUCUUCUUAUCUCUCAGGAACCAAAAGCCUUUUCAGGAGCUAAUGAAUCUUUUCAUGUCGAUAAUUAAGAAGGAACUUCAGGAUAAUGAAAGUUCUCCGGAAAAGCUUAAAGAUAAUAACUCUCACAACUCUCUCCUCGAAGAGUUCUCUGAGGCGUUGAAAUCAGAGGGAUAUUUAUUUUGGUGUGAAAAAGGCAUCAAUUCUAAGGCUGAGCCUUCAGAAUCGCACUUCGACGUUCAUGACAAAAAGAAAGUCCAGCAUAUCCCGCAUUCAUCCUCAAACCCAUUGAAUGAUCCUCAGUCAGAGAGGAGCAGCGUAGAUUCCGAUGAGCUGAAGUAUCUAAUGAUCCCUAAGGAAGAUCUCAGAUAUAAUCAUGGGACUGAACUCAAUAAAUUGAAGGAGGCUUUUUCAGCUUACGAGAAGCGGCUCUUGACCGAAGAUGAAUACAGUGACCUUAUCAAUCCUUCAAGAAAAAAGAUCGAGGAAAUGGCAUACAGUUUUAACUGCACCAUAAUCUCGACGGAGAAGCUUGACGCUCUGGAGCAUCCCUCUCUAGAGGAGCUUGAAAAGAAAAUUCGAGGUCAUGAACGGGAGAUCAUACCUGUCAACACUUUCGCAGAGCUCCGAAAAAAGUCAGACCAGGUGAACAACUUUAUGCAACUUUAUUUUCCCAAUGAAGAUUGGUCAGACACUGACGGAAAUUUAUUGGAAUCUGUUUUUAAACGUGCCUGUGAUCCGACUCUGAACGAAUUAAAAGCUGCUCUUGAAUCCCUCAGCCCCGAAAAAUUUGAUGAGGUCCUUGUGUGGAUGAUUGAUCAUUUAGGAUCUUCGACGAAGGCUUUCUGGGAAACUGGGUUUCUUGAGCUAAGCACGGACUUUCUUUCUCAACUUGAUGUUAUUUAUUCCAAUUUUGAAGUAUCCAGACUCCAAGCCUUUAUGGUAUCGAGGUCCUUUCUUGCAGAACUAUUAAUAAGCUUGAAAACACCAAAGCUAAUCUUCUUAGAAGAGAAAUGUCGUCAGCUGAAAAAGCUAGUUAUCGAUGAAUCGUAUUUUCGUGAGAUGGAGGAACAUUUUAAGCGACCUCCUGUUAAUCACCUGAAGAACAUGGCUGAUGCUGAGGGUUUAGCUCUUAUUGAGAAAGCAGAUCUCGACAAUCUCAAUGAGUUACUUGCCAGCCCUAGUGAAAGUUACCUCAAAGAAAAAGCCCGGGAUGCAGGAAUGGUAAUUUUCGAAAGAUCUCGAUAUGAAGAUCUUCUGCAAGAAAAAGAUAAACCUAAUUUAGAAGUCGUCACAACGAGAGCCGCCGACUUUGACCUCGUUGUUAUUAGUCGUUUGCAGCUUCAAGAAAUGAAGGCAGCCUUUGAUGAGCCUUUGCUCGAGUAUUUGGAGGCGAAGGCAACCCAAGCCCACAAGCUUAUUGUUGAUGAACAGGAAUACCGAAACCUUCUUGCUGAAUUGGAAAAUCCUUCAAUGGAGUAUCUUGUAGAAAAAGCGCAGCUGCACGGUAAACAUUUAACCUCAGAGGACGAAUAUUCUACUUUACAAAACGUUGACAAAUCCUUAUCGGAACAAAGUAUCACGGAUGUCACUAGAACUCUCUCGAGCCACUCCAGACAACCGAAUUUUGAUGGCUUACAUACUUGCUCAGCUCCUGGAAGCGCGAACCUCACGGAGCCCACUCGUGACGAUCAUAUACAAAGCCCUUCAUCUUCCAACAAGGAUACAGGGCCCAACCCUACGGUCUUUGCAUCAAGCAUAGACGGCGCAACUUCGAAGCACUUCCCUCGCGGUCUCAGGAAGCCUGUUGUCGACGCUGCUGACGCUGCUGACGCUGAUAAAACAUCUAAACCUAAGGAGGGAAUCAGUCAGACCGGAUUGAAGUCCUCACAACCUUCGUUCCCUCCAAAUUUUGACAAGAAUGAACAAGGGGAUUCCUGCAACGAGCAAGCCGAAUUGACGAUGACAGAUAUUUAUCGUGCCGCUGAAAACCUUAACCUUGCUGUUAUGUCAUUACGCGAGUAUGAGGAACUCUCAGCUGCUACGAUAUCAGACGGACGAAACAAGGAGAAUGAGGGCACGACCUUGGCACGGAACCCGACAAUAUGCUCCUUUAGUGCUUCCGAAGCAUCUUCAUCUUUAACACAGGGAAGUUUUAUUACCGCCAAUGACGGUAAUUUCUCUUCUUCUGAAGUGAAUGGAGGCCUUCCUUCAAACUUCAUUUUUGGUGAUUCAGAAUCACACCAUUCCCUAACCCAUUCUGGUCACACCGUUGCCAUAGAACCUCGGAAGAGUAAUGACUCAACUUCGGUAACAUCGACCAUCCGCGAGAAGUCUUCCUUAAGUUUAGAUUCUAUAAAGAACCUUGCCGGAGACCUCGGCUAUGAAUUAGUUCCGAUUGAAGAUGCACGGCUAAGAGUUCUACGAUCUCGUUCUGCUGCCUCACAUAGUUCUCUCCAAGAGGGCCAAGAAAAAUCGAAUAGUCUCGGCAAGAGCUCGGCGCUUGACGAGAAGCCCCAAAACGAUACCGAAGAAAAUUCUUCAAGAGAUAACUCCAACACCGGGAAGGUGAGAGAAGUUGAGUCUGUGGAUAGUGUUAUUGAGGGCGAUCAUCCUGGAUCACCAACGGAAUCGCUCGAAUAUUCUGUUGAUCCAGAAUACACCGAGGCUUCUAACGUAAAACAUUCGCAUGAAACCUCAGAUAGUAAUCUGAGCGCAAUGCUUGCCGCAAGCAAUAAGCCGUUCCAAUCGAAAUUUGAGCCUAUCAAGCCGACGAAAAAGGAAGAGGGUAAGGACCCAGAAGGUGCCUUUGAUGGCGAAGUCGUGGAUCUAAGGUUUAGUCCUACGCUUGGACAGGCUUCGAUAGCGUUUGAAAUUCCUCUGAAGUCCAAGUCGCUUAAUGAUAUCGAAACUUUGAAAUCCCAUGAGCUGAUUAAUCUGGAUGUGCGAAAACUGGGAGAUGUCAGAUCGGGGAUGGUGAAAACGUCCCAUGGUUUCAGCUUCGAUGAACUUAUCAUUAAAGCCACGGAGCUCGAUUUGGUUCCAAUACAUAAAGAGCAGUUCGAGCAAAUAAAGAAGGAAUUGUCAAACCCAACGCUAACGAAGCGCCAAAUACAAGAAUACGCUAAAAAUUUUCAUUUGGUUACCCUUGAGAACGACCAAUAUGAGCGCUUGACUGGUAGAUUGGGUGAGCAGGCCAAUCCUGAUGCUACAGACGGAUUCACCCAUCAAGAAACUCCACAACCACAUUUAAACCAAAGUCAAAAUGCCGAUAGCCCUCUAAAAUUGACCGGAAGUGAAAUUCAGAAGGCAGCAAAAAAUUUUGGUUUUAUCUGCAUACCUAGUUCUGCUUUUAUUCCUACCUCUUCUUUGAGCUUCCCAGAUCCAAGUCAGGUCGUUCUUCUUCCGGCCUCCUACUACGAAAGCUUAAGUCUAAGAGCGAAGCAGACUUGGGAAGAAGUAACCGACGAGGAGUUACAGGCUGAAGUAAGACAUCGAGGGUUGCAGUUGGUACAACGCCAGGAAGGUACACCCUGGUUUCCUUUAGCUCAAGACCGAAUCACCCGGCAAAAUACGGUUCAUUCAACCCGCUCCAAUGAGUCAACCGCCAGAAGAAGUCUUGCUGAGGCAGCAGCCUCUGCUGCCUACUCGGAGUAUGAACAUCAGCAUUUGAAGGAUGUGGGAUUUUCGCGCUCUUCAUCGAUGAGCAGACAACCUAACCGAGUGCCAGAGCGCGAAGUUCGGACCCCUUCCAAAAAGUCCUUCGAUGCCACGGCGUCUCUUGCAACGUUCGCGUCGUUAAAUGAACCUAGCAUCAUUCCAGCACUUACGCAGACAGUCAUCGGAGAAUACCUAUUCAAGUACUUUCGGCGAUUGGGACCCUUGCUGAAAGCAGAGGGGCGCCACGAGAGAUACUUUUGGAUACAUCCUUACACUUUGACACUCUACUGGUCAACGUCAAAUCCCGUUCUCGAAAACCCGUCCAGCACAAGAGCGAAGGCAGUGGCUAUAUUGGGAGUCGAGAGUGUCGAGGACUUAAAUCCGUAUCCUACCGGACUCUACAAUAGGACAAUUGUCAUCACCACAGAGACAAAGCCACUCAGAAUAACAUGUCCGACAAAACAACGUCACAACAUAUGGUUUAACUCGCUGAGGUAUUUACUGAAAAGAAGCAAAGAGAGUCACGGUAUGGAUAAUAACAACAAUUCUCAAUUAUCAAAUUUUCCAGGUGAAAGUUUCAAGCAGGCUCAUCGAAGGCUUUCGUUUACUAGACGACCCAUGCCUUCCUUUCGUAUCAAAAAUCGAUCCAGGUCUACUCGGUCCUUACGGACAUCGCAAUAA